CAAAAACAUAUUUGAUAUGGCGAUUUAAUUUCUUACAAACUAUUUCAUAGUUUUCCAUUGACGAAUAUUAGGUGGUACAGUUUUAACUACAAUUCGAUCAAAUACUACAAAUUUUGUAACUUCAUGACUUCGUGAUCAACAAAGCGCCAUAAGAUAAUCGUCGAUGAAGUAUAAUAUAGAACAGUGGUUCUAAGGGAAGUCAUAUCAUAGGGGAUAAACAUGACUAGCUUAUAAUCAGAUGAAAAAGCAACUUCUUGUUUCAAGAAAUUGCCAUUUAUUAUCAUGAUGUCAAUUUUAUGAACUACUUUAUAAUUUCUUCACAAUACUACAUAAAGUCUUCCUAUAUUAUUAGUUACUGAAAAGUCCAUGACAUUGCCUUCGAUCCUUCCGGACAAUAAUCACAAGACAGAUGUCGAUAAUUGACGCGAAUCUAGAAGACAUGUCAUUGCUGUCAGUAAGACAAUAUGUGAUAUACAGUAUAUUAAUAAAAUUUAAGAGACAAUUUAAAGAAAUUUAAAGGAAAUUGUCGAAGAAUAAUAGAAUGAGCGAGUCAGUUUCAAGAAGAGUCAUACAUGUUUCUUUGAAGAGAAAAGUGCGUCAUAUAUUUUCUGCAAUAACAGAAAUGUAAUGCAAAGUGAUCAAAAGAAGUAGAAAAGACCAUACAAUUUAUUGCAAAGAAACAAUAUAAAAAUAUGAACUUCCAAAGCGUGAAUCUGUUGAAUGUGAGACUAAACACUUUUUCUGGUAACUUAUUGCCAAUGACAUCUGAUGAUACGCAAUUUUCGAUUGUCUGGAAGAUAUACAGCGGCUUCGUGUGGCUGAUUGAGUUGAUACGUGCAGUCAGUUUAAUUCCCGGAAUUAUGCACGUGUCAAGAGGAAAGACUUUGGAAGAUGCUACAGUCGCCAUUGUAUUCACUAUAGAAGUAAUUUUUAUGGUAAUGCGAAUUCAAUUCCGUGGCACGUUGGUACGAGAGUUCAUUCAAAAAUUAAAUGAUAUUCUGCGUACCGAGGAUGAGAUUAUGAAAAACGUUGUAACCAUGACUAUGGAGCCAAUGAAAAUCCCACUAAAUUUUUAUUGGUUCACCGGCUUAGUAGCCGUAAUUGUCUGGGGUAGUAUACCGCUCAUGUUGCUAUUUAAAAAGACUUCUUUCUAUUAUGAAGAUUACAGAAUGCCGGUCGCUUUUUCCAAACAGCCAUUCUCGACUGAAGUCUUUCUGUUAGGAAGUCUUUUUAUAUCAAUCGCUAGCAUGUACAUGUUUUCAAAAAAAGUUGGCCUAGAUGUCUACAUGAUACAUUUGGUAUUGAUGAUAACAACACAAUAUCGUUAUAUUGCGGUGAAACUCGAAGAAAUAUUUCGGAAUGGAAAUUCGGAAGAUGAAUGCAAUUCUUCCAAAGAACGUCAUUCUAAAAGAAAAGAUUUAUGGACAGAAAGAGAAUUAAGAGCAAUAUGUCGACAUCACAACACUGUGAUUCACUUAUCAUUUACAUUAAAGAAGUUGCUCUCCUUAAAUUUUAGCUUAAUUUAUGUAAACAGCAUCUUACGGUUUUCUUUUAUUGGUAUUAUGUUGAGUACAGUAUUAUCAACGAUUUUCAUUGAAGGUUUUUCAAUCCUCAUAUUUGCUUGCGCUGAGAUAGUGCAAUUUUAUGUUUUAUGUUCAUCAGUACAACAAUUAUUAGAUGCAAGCACAAAAAUGACAGAUCUGGCAUUUCACAAAAAUUGGUAUCAAUUUGGAACCCCGAUAAAACGAACAUUUAUGUUAAUGAUACUAGGUAAUAAUCUAGAGUGUAAACUCGCAGCAUUUGAAAAGUUUAAUCUCUCUUUGCCAUCAUUUAUGACGGUUAUGAAUCAAGCAUAUUCAAUUGCUCUUUUAUUUUUAAAAAUGAAAUAA